AUCUUACCAGCCUGAGAGUGAGAAGAGUGAGAGAUUAAGAAUGAAGUCCAGCCCCUCAGAUUUGAUCAAGCUUCUAAUACUAGGACUAGUAGGAUCAUCAUGUCUUUCAGUUCUCUGUGCUGCAGAAGAUUUCGAUUUCUUCUACUUUGUUCAGCAGUGGCCAGGAUCAUUCUGUGAUACAAAGACAAGUUGCUGCUAUCCAACCACAGGUAAGCCUGCAGCGGAUUUUGGGAUCCACGGGCUCUGGCCAAAUUACAAGGAUGGUUCAUACCCCUCAAACUGUGAUCCAAACAACCCCUUUGAUCAGUCUCAGAUUUCAGAUUUAAUUAGCAGUAUGCAAGAAGAAUGGCCAACACUAGCUUGCCCUAGCAGCAGUGGGAUUGCUUUCUGGACACACGAGUGGGAAAAACAUGGAACCUGCUCUGAGACUGCCAUUAACCAACAUAGUUACUUUGCAGCGGCUCUUGACCUCAAGAAGAAGGCCAACCUCCUCCAAGCUCUUCAAAGUACAGGAAUCAAACCCAACGGCGAGUCUUAUACCCUGGCGGACAUCAAGGCGGCCCUGAAAAAUGCAAUUGGAUACACUCCAUAUAUCGAGUGCAAUGUCGAUGAGUCCGGAAACAGCCAACUUUACCAGGUCUACUUGUGCGUGGACACUAAUGGCUCUGACCUCAUUGAGUGCCCGAUUUUCCCCCAUGGGAAAUGUGGUUCAAGCAUUGAGUUCCCUACCUUCUAG